CGCCGCGGCGUCAUCAUUGAUGCAUCUUGACUUUUCUUUCCUCGAGCGGGAGAGACCAAACUUUGUCGUUGUCAACAUCACGACCUGCUUCAACUUUUUUCUUCAUUUCUGUGUUUCAUUUUCUUCUUUUUCUUCUUCUUCUUCUUCUGGCUGAGGUUGCCAUAAUCUCAUCAUUAACUUGUUCACUCUUUGGUUCUUCCAUCUUCAGCCCUGGCCCAUUGGGGUUGUUCCUUGCAGUGCCAAUCCUGACGGAGCUUAUAUACCUACGUCUACACUACCAGUGGCGGUACCUACAUCCAACAGCCCUCCAACAGCCCUCCGUUGCAUCCAGAUUACGAGUCGCAUUGCGACGCUGCUAGUGAGAUUCUCUGCGUCGACUGUUGCAGAAACCGAGCCUUGCAGAGUGGCCUCACAUUUUGCUUCAACCUCGCCUUGCGCCGAACAUCUUCACUCCUCCAACCGACUUACACCGUGAACCUACCUACCUACCUUGGGUUGUCCGCCCUCCAAGCUCUCUCCAGCCAGCACAACAUGUCGCUCUUUGGCAGCUCCCCUCCCAACGACGGCUCGGCCGCCCUCAACCCAGCCAAGACCGCCAACAGCAGCCGCUCGACCCUCUUCGAUAACGAGGCGCCCACCACUCGCUCCGGCAGUGCGCUAUUCGCCGACGAUGACCACGAUUCGCCCUGGGACAUGCCCACCCCGCGCAAGCAGCGCAGCCGCGCCGAUCUGAUCCGCAACCUCCUCCCCUCGGGCGACGUUCCCGAGAGCUACAUCGAGACGUUCGACGCAGUAGUCCGUACAGAGAACCGGAGCACAAAUGGGCGGAUCACAGCCGGGGGGGUUGCGCGGACGCUGGCAGCGGCCAAGCUUGGCGCCGAUGACCAGGCGCGCAUAAUGGGUAUCAUCGCCCCUGCUUCGGCCUCCGCUACAGGCGCUGGUGGUGGGGGUGAUGGUGCCCAUGGUGGGGAGGCUAACAGCUCCGCUGCUGCUGCUGCUGCUGCUGUUGGCUUGGGGGACUUGGGCAGGAACGAGUUCAACGUUCUCCUGGCCCUGAUUGGCCUUGUCCAAGAAGGGGAGGUCGCCAGCUUGGAUGGCGUGGAUGAACGUCGACGAAGUAAGUCUUUUUUGAUUCUUGUUUUUGAUUUUUAUUUCUUUCCCUUCUGCCGACAUUGUCCAAUCCUGUUUUUCGGUUGUGUAUCUUCUUCGGUCUACAAUACGUUUCUGCCUGCAGUGCUUCGUCGCAACAAAGUGCCGGGGCGCCUUUGAUUUUCCGGUUCUUCAGCCAGUUGCUGGCUGGUCAUCCAUCCCAACCCCGUUGCAACCCAGACGAACCUCGAAUGGCGGUCAUAUGUCAAUCCCCCGUUUGUUGAUUGAUUGUUCCCGCCGACUCCGUUAACCUUUUUGCUUAUCUUCCCCAGCCCAAACUACAAGGUCUUGUCAACGAGAACGUCCAGCCCAUGCUGCCGAAUUUGUCUGAACUUGGUGCGAAACCUCCACAACGACCCGUCACACCACCAAAAGCCCCCACCCCGUCUCCUCCCAAGCAACAGCAGCAGCAGCAACACCAGCCGCCCACGCUGAGGAAGGUUUCAAUGGAGUACCCCGAGGACCCGUGGAACGCGCCCGAUCUUCACAAAGGUCAUAACCAUGGCCCAUUAGAACACUCGACGGGACAUAACGGCGCCGCCGACGUCCCUCGGUCGGUCGCGAACGACUUGAACGGCAACGACGCUGUUUCGUACAGUACGAGUCCCGAGGUGACGACCACCAGUAGCGCUUUGCCCGGUCGGACAACUUCCACUUUCACCACCAGCCAACCACCCUCGGGUCCAAGCUCAAUUCACAAUGUCGCCGAGUCAAUUCAAGAAAGCAAUGGCGCUUGGAACUACUUUCCCGGCAGCUCCUCGGGAGGAGGGUUCGGCGAGCCAGCAGACAAUGCUAUCACAGGUCCGUUUGGUGAUAGUGGGGGACCUGGUCAGUCUGUCAGUGGUUCAGUCGGUGGUUCCAAUCCCAACCGAAGCAUUGGACAUGUCAGGUCCGGAAGCAACGUGGAGGAGAAUAUCCUGGUGACGCUGAUGCCGGAGAAGGAGGGUGUGUUCAUGUUCCAGCACCACAACUACGAGGUCUCGAGCAUAAGACGUGGCAGCAAGGUCGUCCGACGAUACAGCGACUUUGUGUGGUUAUUGGAUUGCUUGCACAAGCGGUAUCCGUUUAGGGUGCUGCCGCUGUUGCCGCCCAAGCGGGUUGCUUUCAAUGGCAACCAUUUGUCCAACGAUGGAGCCUUUAUCGAGAAGCGUCGCCGCGGUCUGGCUAGGUUCCUCAACGCUCUUGUGCGCCACCCGGUUCUGGGUCAGGAGCAGCUGGUGAUUAUGUUCUUGACAGUGCCUACGGAACUGUCGGUCUGGCGCAAGCAAGCAACAAUCUCUGUUCAGGACGAGUUUACCGGCCGCACACUACCGCCCGGUCUCGAGGACUCGCUUCCCCCAACUUUGGAGGAGCUCUUUGCGCGCACCCGAGUCGGCGUCCGCCGCAGCGCUGAGCUCUAUAUCAGCACCUGCACCAUCAUGGACCGUCUGAUCAAGCGCUCAGAAGGCGUAGCAGCCGACCACGCCAGGAUGGCUGUCUCCCUGAUCUCACUCACCGAGACCAGUGCCGAUACCUACGCCACCGACCACAAUGACGUGCCACUUCUCAACGACGGGCUGCAAGCCAUGGGCCGACACUUGCGUACUGCACAGACUUUGAUGGAGGAUGAAGCAAAGGCGUGGGAAGAGGGUGUUUUGGAGGACUUGAAGAGGCAGCGAGAUGCGCUAGUCAGUCUACGUGAUAUGUUUGACAGGAGAGAUCGUCUCGACAAGGACAACAUCCCCUUCCUGCAACGACGCAUAGAGACAAAUGAAGCGAAGCUGCAAGCGCUUAAUGCAAAGCCAGAAGGGAUGGUUAAGCCCGGGGAGAAAGAGAGGGUUGUAGAGGCGAUCAUUAAGGACAAGGAAUCCAUUGUCACACAACACAACCGCUCAGUAUUUGUCAAGGAAUGCAUAAGAGACGAGCUUCGAUUUUUCCAGAACACGCAGUAUAACGUGUCGAGACUGACGCAGGAUUGGGCGCAGGAGCGGGUUAAGUACUCGGAGAUGCUGGCGGACAACUGGCGAAGGUUGCUAGAUGAUCUGGAAGGCAUGCCGCUUGGGGAUUAGGUGAACUCUGAGAGGCAUGGGCUUGGUCGGACCAUCCGGGGUGGUGGUGACGGCACUGUUCGUGGUCCAAGCAGAGGCAGCGACAUGGGAAGGGGCAAUACGAUGAAAGUCAACAGGUCAAGCUAUCGGCAAUGGAGCUUCAACAGACCUGCAGGAAUCGAAAACAACAGAAGUGGCACCGUCAACAACAGAGAUGCCAGUCAAACAGGAAGGAUUGUUUCUGCUGGUGGGGUGGUCCACUGGGCUUGACGGAUAUUGAUGAGAUUGAUGACGAAUUAUGGACAAGGGACAGAAGGUUACAGCUUCAUGACGGGGAUGGCAGGUUUGGGGAUACCAGUUACCAGGCAUGUGCAAAGAUUGAGGGGGGUACGGUAUGAUGGGAUGAAGUUUGGUUUGGGGUUCUUCAUGUGUGACUUUGUUAUGUUACUCAUGUUUAUGGCGUUUUCAUAUGAUUUGCUUUGUGUCAAGUUGAGCUGUAUGUGUAUGGUCUGUCUGUAGGGGCUUUCUGUAGGGAGUUGAAGAGAGGCAUGGACAAUACCAGAGAUGAUGACGCGGCUUAUACGACCCAUGUUAGUCUACUCGUUGGCUGUGAUUCACUGCAGCUUCCACUCUGCCUAGAGGUACUGU